UUUCCCUUUUAAUAUAAAUUCAAAAUCUCACUCUCUCUCGGCGUCUCCAUCCCCCUUCGCUCUCUCUCUCUCACUCUCUCUCUGGGGCCAAGCUCCGGUGUCUUCUCCGGCCAGGUUGCGGCGCAAACUGAAUUCGUUUCACUUGCAUUGGUGUCCUGGCGAGUCCAAUCCCCGUCACCGGCACGAAGAACCUCUCGACUUAGCUUCUUAACUGCAGUUUUUCUUACAGGGCCAUUUUAGGUAUUGCCUUUGGAGAAUUGGAGCAUUCAACACCGGCUUCUUGAAUUUCUGAGGCCUUGACUACCUUUUCAGAGGGUGGAGGCUGUUGCUCUUAUGUUCCUUCAUCUACAUCUGCAGGCAUAUGCAGAUAUGCUUGGGAAGAAGAGAAUGCUUGUUGAUUCAUCUUUCCGACUCCUUGUCUCUGUUGGGUUCUUGCUCUUUCCAGUUGUCAUCUCGCAAAUUCCCUUGGGUUCAAAACUUUCAGUAGUGGAAAGCAACUACUGGACCUCCUCCAAUGGGAAAUUUGCAAUUGGAUUCCUUAACCGUUCAGGUCGGUAUAGUGUCGGAAUCCGUUUCAGUUCAAAUUCUAUUCCCGCUGGCCAACAAAUGGUGGUUUGGGUUGCUGGAGGUGACCUUACCGUCGGUGAUGAGUCCUACUUCCAGCUGACCCAAUAUGGAGAUUUGGUUUUAUAUGAUUCCGUGAAAGGAGCCAAUGCCUGGACAAGCAACAGUACCAAAUUAUCUGUUGCUUCGGCAGUUCUUCUUGACAGUGGCAAUUUUGUUCUUCUCAACAUAAAGAGGGAGAUUGUGUGGCAAAGCUUUGACACUCCAACCGAUACGCUCCUCCCAGGCCAGAAUUUAUCUGGUUUUCAAAUGCUUCGAGCUUCUAGCAGGAAUGCUGUGUCAAGUUACUAUAGUCUUCAAAUAGGUAAUUCAGGCCAGUUGCAACUCAGGUGGGAAAGUAAUUUUACCUACUGGACCAGUGGAAACUCUUCUCAUUCAAUUCUCAGAGCUGUUCUCAGUUCUGACGGAACUCUGCAGCUUCUUGACCAAAGAUCUGAAGUUAUUUGGUCUGUGUCUGGGGAAGAUCAUAAUGAUUCAGAUGUGAAACUUCGAUUUCUUAGACUAGAUGUUGAUGGAAAUCUUCGCCUAUACUCAUGGGUGGAUGAAUCAAGGUCAUGGAGGCCAGUUUGGCUAGCUGUUGAGAAUCAGUGCGAUGUCUUUGCAACCUGCGACCUCCAUGGAAUAUGCAUGUUCAAUGCAUCAGGCUUCCCUGUUUGUAAAUGCCCAUUUAGGCCUGCAAAUGAGUCUAACUCAAAAUGUGUGCUCCCAUAUAAACAGGACUGUCAAUCUGGUUCCUUCAUGACUAUUCAUGAGCACACUAUCAUGUCCGGGCUAUAUCCGCCAGAUGGAAGAAUCAUUCAAUCUAGUUUGCAGAAGUGUAAGAGACUGUGCCUAGAAGAUCCUCUUUGUACUGCUGUAACUUUCAUGAAUGAUGGAACGACAGAGUGCCGAAUUACGAGAACUCGAUAUGUUACUGGGCAGUCCAACCCAUUUUUAAGUUCAAUAUCCUUUGUUAGGAGUUGCUCUGAUCCAGUCGCUGCUUUACCCCUCCCCCCUACUUCUUCAGCAUCCUUCCAGGAUGAUUCAAAAAGGGCGAAUAGAGUUUGCAUCGCUUGUCUAGUUGGAAUUGCUUCAGGCACAUUUGUAGUGCUUUUCCUAAUUCAGGUUGGUUUUGGGUUCUACAUCUACAAGAGAAGAAAAUUUUCCAGGAGGAAAGGUGUUUUAGCUUACACUGGCCCCAACGCAACAGAUUUGAUCACGUUAUCCUUCUCUGAAAUCAAAGACAUUACAGGAAAUUUCCAGAACCAAAUUGGACCAAAGAUGUUUAAAGGCAUGCUUCCAAACAGCCGGUCAGUUGCGGUCAAAGACAUGAAAACUGCCAUUGAAGGAAGGAAGUUCCGGAGUGCUGUUCUAAAAAUAGGAAGCAUUUAUCACAAAAACCUUGUGCAACUGGAGGGUUACUGUUGCGAGACGGAUCACAGAUUUUUGGUCUAUGAGUAUGCCAUGAAUGGUUCACUGGCAAGAUGCAUAGAAGACCCUAAGUUGUGCAAGAGGCUCACGUGGGGAAGAAGAAUGCAGAUCUGCUUAGCUGUGGCAAGGGGCAUUUGUUACUUGCACACAGAAUGCAGGGAAUUUUUCAGUCAUGGAAAUCUAAAAUCUCAGAAUGUAGUUUUGGAUGAAAAUUUCGAUGCCAAGGUGAGUGAGUUUGGUUUAGGGAAACUUCAUGGUGAGGCUUCCAACAGUUGUGGAACAGCAGAGGCGGAUAUAAGUGAUUUUGGCAAGGUGGUGCUGUCAUUGGUGACCGGGCGUCCAGAAGCUGACGACGUGGGUGUGUGGGCUUAUGAGAAGUGGGUACAGGGACAGGCAGAGGAGCUAGUGGAUAGACGAAUAGACAAUGGGGUGGAUUCAGAAGAGCUGGAGCGAGCACUGAGAAUCGCCUUUUGGUGUUUGCAAGUAGAUGAGCAAAUGAGGCCUUCAAUGGGGGAGGUCGUUAAGGUCUUGGAAGGAUUGGCUGUUGAUCCCCCGCCGCCUCCAUUUGUUUGCCGGAGGGCCGAGCUGGAGGCAAACGAGUCAUCAACAUCUGAAAUAGAGCUUCAGAUCCCCAACAACAUAUGAUGGUUUAUUUAAGCUUGCUGUAUAGUGGAUCUAACUGCAAGGGUAAGUGGCUUGAAGACAAUGUUGCAAUGGUUUUGAAGUUUAAUCCAUUUUUUUUCACCCCAAGAUAUUUGGGAGUUUUUAGCCAUUGCAAGGAAUGGAAUGUUCUUGAACUUGGUUUAUUCCUAAACAAAUGUCCAGUCCAGUCUUUGAUCUCCCCUCCUUAACUCUCUGUCCAUAAACUUGGUUGGUAAGUCCUGAUCUACAUAAUUUUAGACUCUUGACCCUUCA